UCCCACCUCCCUUUACCCAAACUACAGUGAAGCCCAUUCAAGCGAUUCUCCGCAGUGCUGAAAGAGCAGAGCGAAGUAAAGGAGGAGAGGGAAGGAGGAGUGCGAGAUAGGGGGGAGAACCGAGAGGAGAAGAAGGGGAAGCAGGAGUAAGACAGAGAGUGAGAGAGGGAGGGAGGGAGGGAGAGAGAAGAGGAAACCUGCAAAUUGGGUGUCCAGACUCCCAGUGCGCACAGAUCUCGCUUUGCACCGUCCGAGCAGCUCUCCGCUCCGCAGGAUGAGUUCCUUCAGCACGAGGGCUCUGACGCUGCUCUCCUCGGUGUUCGGCGCCUGCGGCCUGCUGCUGGUGGGCGUCGCCGUGUCGACGGACUACUGGCUGCUGAUGGAGGAGGGAAUCAUCCUGCAGCAGAACCAGACCACCGAGGUCAAGAUGGCGCUGCACUCCGGCCUGUGGAGGGUCUGCUUCGUGGCAGGUCCGGAGAAGGGCCGAUGUGUGGCGUCAGAAUAUUUCACCGAGCCAGAGAUCGAGAUCACCACAGAAAACACGGCCAACAUCCUCAAAAUGGUCCGAACCGCCACUCCCUUCCCGAUGGUCUCUCUGCUCUUCGUCUUCACCGCCUUCGUCAUCAGCAACAUCGGACACAUCCGGCCUCAGCGCACCAUCCUCGCCUUCGUAUCUGGAAUCUUCUUCAUCCUGUCAGGCCUCAGUCUGGUGGUGGGUCUGGUCUUGUACAUCUCCAGCAUCAAUGACGAGGUGAUGAACCGACCCAGAGAACCAGAGCAGUUCUUCCACUACCGCUACGGCUGGUCGUUCGCCUUCGCUGCCUCCUCCUUCCUGCUCAAAGAGGGCGCAGGAGUCAUGUCCGUCUACCUCUUCAUGAAGCGUUACGCCGAGGAGGAGCUGUACAGGCCCCACCCCGCCCUCUACCGCCCCCGCAUGUCCGACUGCAGCGACUACAGCGGCCAGUUCCUCCACCCGGACUCCUGGCCUCCCCCGCAGCGCGGCCGCAGCGCCUCCGACGUCUCCUCCGACAUCUCCAUCCAGCUCAACCAGACCCCGCCCCCCCAGGCGCCUCCCAAGGGCGGCAGCACCUCCCACCCGACGCCCUCCUCCUCCGGGCCUUCGUCGGCCGCCAGCUACCAGCUCCAGCCGGCCUCCUCCUCCUCCACCUCCUCCUCCUAUCCACACCCCCUGCGCCCGGCCUCCACCCUACCCAGGUCCUCCCACGCCCACGGCCACGCCCACGGCCACCCGCACCCCCACCCCAGUGGGCCCCCGCCCCAGUCCCUGCCCAUGGGGGCGCCACCCUCGGCCGUGCCUCCCCCCCGCUAUCACACGCACAUGCGAAUGAGCGCCUCGCCGUGCUAGGCUCCAUACGCAGGGAAGGGAAUACACAAAGGGGUGGGGGGGGGGCCUAGAUUGAUCAAACAUCACAAGACAACACACACACACACACACACACAUCAUGUUCCCUCUAAGUGUGGGAGGAGGGUAAGUGCAUGAAGGAGGGGGAGAGGAGGAGAGAGGGGAGGAGAGUCAGGUGGGCGGAGGUCUGACUCACCGAGAUGGAGACGGACAUUCAACGGACCCUUUAACGCUCUGAGGGGGACGGAGUAAUGAGCAGCGACGCAGCUUCUUAGGUUUCGUGACGGGAACGUUCACCAUCAGGGUCGUGAUCCACGGGAAACAGCGUGAGACACAAACAUGAAGUCAUGUCCAAACUCUGUCCAUUCACAGACGGGACAGAACCGAGGACGGAAGACACUUCACCUGCUCUUCUGUCAGAAGCUCGAGAACAUGACAAGGGAUCGUUUAUCGUAGGUUUGUUUUUCCAUGGACACGUUCGGGAAGCUUAGGGACUUUCUACAUAAAUGAUUCAAUGAAGUGUCCCACAGUCCGAUCUCUAUGUGAUUUAACUUAUGAACAUUAGUUUUACGGAGGAAUUCAAAAAACACGCUAGAGGAAAGAAACGGUUUUAUUCUCAGAACUUGUUGCUUCUCUUCCCAAACCUUGUCCAUGGAAAUCUGAGUUUCAAAGUAAACUUGCCACAGUGAUAGAUAAUAUCUCGAUUAUAUUAUGUAUUAUAUAAGUAUUGCUCACACUGUUUGACUUUGUAACCGUGACCUUCAGCCACGACUCGUGUGUCCGCAGAGAAACCGUGAAUUCAAAUAGAGAUUUAUACUCCAGCUGUAGAGAAACUCUUCUUCUUCUUCUUCCCUCUCUCCGACACUGGCUGAAUUCCACGUUAAUGAAAACCUCGCUCCCGUCCUGUACUGUACUGUAAAUAUUACCGUAAGUUUUAGGUGUUUUAGCUCAAGACUUUUCUAAGCUGUUUGUAUUUCGAGGGCGAAGCUUCGGGAUGUAAUGUUCAACAUUUCGUGGAAUGAAACACGAGGACGUCACCGACGGGAGACUUUUCAGAUUUUUUAAAAGAGAAGAGCAUCGAGCCUCCGACCGAACGAGGAGCGCCGUCACCGGUGGUGCGAUCCGAACGGAUGCCUUGGACUUUUGGUGCUGUUGCCAUGGAGACGAGAGGUGUGUAUAUAAUGAUAAUGAUGCGAGCAGAUGAGAGGGAGCAGACGUCUGAGAGCCGGGAUUCAGAUUCUGCUUAAAUCCAUUUGAAUCAGAAAAUGAAAGCACGCUGGUGGAAAUGUUUUUCCUCAUCAUCUCGACAUGAUUCCUGACAACGAACAUUUCCCGGUUUAUUGCUUAUUGUCGUGCUUCCUGGAGCGACCGAUUAGAAAUGGAUCUGUUCCCGGUUUCAUAAACACAUGGAAGGUGUGUGUGUGUCGAGGACUUGAGGUGAAGACGCUGCACUUUGAUAAACAUGAGCUUCCAUGGGGAGCAAACUGAAAACCUGAGGAGCAGAUGGCCUUGAAUUCCAAUUUACUGCCUGUUUUAAUCGAUUAUUAAUGUGAUGUAGCUUCGCUUCCUCUCACCAGAACAAGAUUCCACCUUCUACUGCAUCCAGAUUUACAAAUAUUUAGAAAAGAGGAAAUAUCAGAAAACGUAUCAAAUGUGUUUUUGUGUUAAACGAAGCUCCAAAAAUCAUCCAACAAAUCGUGUUAACAAUCAGUAACUUUGUCUUAUUUUAAUUCAACCUCAUAAAUAAACAGACGUUUCCUCAAACGUUGCACCAACACAAAGAUGGACGACGUGUCUCCACACGAUAGCUAAAACAUCUUGGACGAAGGCGCCGCCAUCUUGGACUUCUGACGUCAUGUGGAGUCAGAGUAAGUCUCACCUGUCAAUCACGACGUUUCACCCGGUUUCUAACUGACAUGGAGGAGGCGGAGUUUAUGACCUGUUCUGAUGAUUUGGCUUCACUUUUAGGGGCCGCCGUGUCGUCCAUUUUGUUUUACUCUCCGAUAGACUAGUAGGACGUUUUUCCCUUAUUUAGGAUUAAAGCUCUUUGGCCAAACGAUGAACAACAGCCACGAGUCAAACGUACAAACGUGUCAUAUUAUUUAGUUUUUUUACACAGAAAAGAAAAACCAUGUCGCUAACACGUUUCUCAGUUUGACUCCCAUCGAAGUUCGAAUGUUGCACAGUGACGAACUUAAGCUUUUAUUUUGCUCUUGUUUUAUAAGCGUAUUAUGGAUCGUACCCAGCAGAGGGCGCCGUUUGUAGCCGUUUCUAGUCCCGCGGGGGACCGUUACGCUCACAGCCUGUGGUACAAAAGAAAACCGCGUAGCAAAGCGACUGCGAUGUUAGCAUCUUUUAUGAAUAUCUGCUCUGUGAAAAUGAAAAGUAGAAAAGUCCUUUAGCAGCCGACAGCUUCCGCUGGUGUUUAUUUACAUUUGCCAAAGCUGAGCUCUGUGUCGUGAGCUCACACGACGCAGAGACUCGUUCACGUAGCCGACUUCUUCCCGAGACAAAUCGCAGCCGAGACGCUGAGCUCCGACGCAGCGGACGAAGUUUUCUAAUCGUUCGCCUCCGUGGUUCAACGCACACACGUUUCUCCGGACUGUGACCUGGGUGUAAAUACGUGUUCACGCUGUAACGAGUAGAGAACAUUCGAGUUUACAUCUUUGCUUUCUUUGACUGGAUACCUGUUUGUUUCCAUCACUUUGCAGGAGUGAAGUUUUUAUCUGCAGCCGUGUGUUCGUUAACUUUAAUACCAAUAAAGCUUGCCUGGUCCCA